GGCCGUCUCUACUUGGCAGUGCGCAUGCAGUUUGUAGACUAGCCAUCCUCGGUUCCACCUGGAGUCUGGGGUAAUGGGUUGAGAACCUGGGGAUUGAUUACAUUUUUGCCCAUGAGGGUCGUUCUGUAGAAACUUCUUUUUCUUUUACCUACAAGCUUCUCAUCCCGCGUCUGUGUCACAAUGGCAAAUCCGAGAGCCGUACCCAACAGCCCACGGGCUUGCAGUUACUGUCGCAUUCGAAAGGUCAAAUGCGAUGGCUCCGUCAGGUGUAGCAACUGCGUUACGCAUGAAAAGGAAUGCUAUUAUCCGCCAUCUCAGAGAGGAAAGCACAAUAAGACAAGGUUAAGGAGUAAUCUGGAGGAUCGUCUAUCGAGGAUGGAAGCUCUCAUCAACACGACAGCCCUCGAGCGGUCCUCCAAGACUUCAGUCCAGGUCACUGACACAAAUCAGUCUCCAGGCACAAGCAAAAUCCACCAACAGACUCCCAAUCUAACAUCAAUGUCCCCACCUCGAUUUACACCGCAAAAUUUGAUGACUUUCGAUCCAUCGACUGUAGAAGAGAGUGUUACAGUGGAUGCUCAACCUGCGCCCGUACUAGAAACGUCCUGGGAGAUGGAACCUGUUGCACCAAUCUUGACUCCUACAACGUGGACUGCCGCCCCAGGUACAAUUUCUUCGGCUUUCUCUGUCGAUGAACACAACUUGGGAGAAACAGAACAUAGCGACGAUGCGCAUCAGGAGGACUGCAGUUUUCCGUCUCAAACUCGGAUAUGGGAGCAUCACGGCCCCGGGUCCUGGCUCUCAUUAUGCUCUGAACCUGGCGUCGCCUGGGUCAGAGAACGGACAGGGGGCGCGGAUUUCGGUUCCACGGCAGCGAAACUGACUCCUGCGUGGAACAGAAGAUGGAAAUUCGGCGGACUGGCCAAUCGCUCUCGCAGCGAGGAGCCUACGGCUGAAAUCGCCUGGAAGUACACAGCAGCGUACUUUGACCACUGCUUCGAAGCUGUCUUUGGAGUGGUCUAUCGACCCGAGUUCGAAGCUCGACUCCACGCCCACUUCCAAAACAGCGCGCCCUCGUCCACAGACGACGUGGCAUGGUACGCGCUACGCAACACCGUCUAUGCGGCAGGCUGUCGACAGAUUCUGUUGAAAGAUGACAUUACAUCGUACGCAGAUGCACAGGCAGAAGCUUCUCGAUAUUUCGAAAAUGCGCUCUCGGUACAUACUGACUUGAUUUACGGUCCUUCUGGCCUUGAGGCCAUCCGGGCACUAGUAGCUAUGACUUUCUACGCCGAGUCAGCCGCCAACGAAGGCUUCGAGUAUAUGAUGUGCGCUAAUGCCGUGCGACUGGCUCAAGCAAAAGGAUUACAUCGCCAGCCAUCACGGUCAUUAAACCUCCCCGAAAACGAAGUCUUGCACCUGAACUGGCUCUUCUGGGCAAUCUUCUGUCUCGAAAAGCAAAUCGCCUUCCGAUCUGGCCGACCAUCCGCAAUUGACGACGAUAACGUGAGUUGUGAACUUCCCAAUCAUGCUCCGCCAGGAAGCACAAUCGACGUACCGUUCUUCAGACACGCAGUCGGUAUGGGCAAGGUGGCGACGCAACUAGCUCAUCGUCUCUGCUCAGUUACAGCACUGCGACAAAGCCCACUGGCCUUCAUUGAAGCUGCCAACGACAUCGGCCAACAAAUUGAAGUGUGGCGGCAAAGUUUGGGUCAAGAUUUUCAAACUCCAGGAAAAGCCAUCAACGUCAAGUCACUACGGCCCAAUAUGAAAGCGCUGCAUGUCAUAUACCUGCAAUUCAUGUACUACUCUGCCAUUCAAUCAGCCUAUGCGAUCUUUUCAUUCCCUUGGGUGGCAUCAAUCCUCGGCAUUGAGAAAAGUCAAACCUUCCAGGAAGAAGCCGCCAUCAAAUCCCUGAAGGUUGCCGAUGCCGCACGAAACAACAUUUUAAUCGCAAAGGCCAUGGAUUUAGACGCCGCUCUUCCUCAAUGGGCAUCAUUCUACUUUCCUAUGGCCGGCCUGACGAAUUUGUUCGUGUUUCUCCUAAGUCGUCCAACAUUGCCAUCUGCUCAAGCAGAUGUCGUGCUAUUGGACGUGGCAGCAGGACAAUUCAGUCAUAUGGCGUACCUGACGUCUUCUGAGAAGGGCUCUGGAUUCACGAGAGAAAUCUGCCAAUUGGCACGCAACGCGGUGGAAAGGUCACGACGUAAGCUUCGAGAUGGAGUUCUGUCUCCUCAGUUGACAAAUACGGGGGAUUGGAGACCGGAGGAGACUAUGUUGCCCAGGCCUGAGCCUUUUGAUGCCGACCACUUUGACUUGGAAGGCUGGAAUGUCUAUUCGACGGUGUUGAUUGAUGGAAUGUUAACCGACGAAGAUUUAUGGCAAUUUCCUGCCGAGUGAUUCAGGUUGGCUUUUCGAGGGAUAUGGAUAUCCAACUCAGUGAACCGAAAAAAAAAACACUCACUAUAGUCACGCGGUUCCUAGUGAAGAACCUCAACGUCAUUCUCCGAGAAGAUGACAUGGAAAUCGUAGAGUUUUUAUCUUACGACCACUUCUAGCUCACCACGCGAUUUUUCGCGAAAACACAAGGAUGUGCAUAUUACAAAGUAAAGCAUCUUUUUUGCAGU